AUGGCUACCAACACCUCUCCCAACCCACGCUGGAAGGAGCUCAUUGCAGAUGGAAUUGCAAAGGGAUUCAAGGAGGGCGAGAAGACAAGUGUCCUCUACUACCCGCUGGCUACCGUCACUCCUGGUACUCCACCUCAGCCUCAUGUCCGAUAUGUAGUCCACCGUGGUUUCGUCAAUGAGCAGAGGUCAAAGGAUAGCCCAUCGGGAGUGGAACCCUAUGACAAGGACUUUGGAUCUAGCGUCUGCCUGCUGACCACUACGGAUGUUAGGGCACCCAAGGCCCAACAGAUGGUGGAGACGGCCAAGCAGGGUGGAGCCAAUGGAGAGAUCUCUUGGUGGAUGGAGAGCAGUCAGCUACAGUUCCGCAUCUCCGGCCUCUUCCACCUGCUCCCCACUCCUUCUCACCCCCUCUUCAAAGACUUCCCAAAGGAACGUCUCGCCCCUCCUUCCUCCUCUUCCUCUUCCAGCAGUAGCAAGCCCUUCGACUGGGCACAAGAGCGUACUCGCGUCUACGAGAAGCUCUCUCCUGGUCUACUAGCCUCCUUUGCUCGACCGGUCCCUGGAUCUGAACAUCCAAAUGCUUCAAAGCUAGAGGGUGGACCGGGAGAAGGGACAGAGGGAAAAGAUGAAAAGAACAGUCCUUGGCCAUUGGAAUUGCCUCAGCCUGGAAAGGAGGAGAAUGAGGAGCAGAAGAGGCUAUUGGCCGAGAGCGAAAAGAACUUCGCCCUGCUGGUAUUCGAGCCCUAUCAAGUGGACUUGGUAGAUCUGGGCCGCGAUCAAAGGAGCAUCUUUGAGCGCAAGGGCGAUGGUCCCAACUGCGAGUGGUCGGAGAGGAGGGUGGUGCCCUAG